CAUUGCCACACCUCAGACAAGGAUGCAGACACAGAAAUCAGUUCAUUCAUUUAUUAUAAAAGAGACCUACUAAGAACUGGGAACAGUAAGCCCUUUAACCAGAGAUGUCCAGUUGCCUUUCAGACCUGAUUAAGUACCAAAGGCUAUUUCAAAUUAUCUUCGUUUUGGGAAUUGGCGGAUCCCUGCAAGUUGGCCUUCAAAUUUCUAUGAUCACUUACACUUCUGUGCAUGUUAAAAAGUUUAUCAAUGAAACCUGGCAAGAGCGAUAUGGCUCUCCUCUUCAUCAUGAGACCCUUAUGUUGCUGUGGUCCUUCAUUGUGUCUGUCUUCGGUAUAGGGGGACUCUUGGGGUCUAUGGGCAGUGGAUACCUGACUAGAAAAUAUGGCAAAAAGAAAUGUCUAGUGUGCAACAAUCUGCUCAUGCUAGCAGGUGCAUUUGUCAUGGGCUUCAGUAAGACAGCCAAGUCCUUUGAAAUGAUUCUGAUUGGACGCUUACUAUGCGGCAUCAGUGCAGGUUUAUGUAUUUCUCUACAUCCUCAAUAUGCUGGAGAGGUUUCCCCCAAGAAGCUGCGUGGAUUUGCAAAUUCUACUAUCCCUCUUUUUGGGGCACUGGGAAAAACCCUUGGGCAAAUUAUGGGACAAAGGGAGUAUUUAGGAACUGAGUCAUUGUGGCCGUUACUGAUGGCCUCCUGUGGAAUUGCAGCAUUGGUCCAGCUGGUCACUCUGCCAUUCUUUCCUGAGUCUCCGCCCUACCUCCUGAUGCAUAAAGGAGAUAAGGAAGGUUGCCUGAAAGCCAUGAAGCAGUUCUGGGGUGAAGGGACUCAUCAAACAGAGAUUGAUGACAUGAUGAAGGAAAAGGCUACAAUGAAAAGCACCAAGAUUCUCAGUGUCUUGGAGCUAAUGAAAGAAGCAUCCUUGCGUUGGCAGUUGUAUACCAUAAUUAUUAUUAUAGGUACCCUGCAGAUUUGUGGCAUCAAUACAAUCUAUGUUUAUGCUUUUGAAGUGCUCCACGUGGCUGGGUUUGAUGAAGACAUCAUCCCCUACAUGUCAUUGAGUGUUAGUCUAUGUGAACUCUUCUCUUCUAUACUCUGCAGCAUCAUCAUUGAGCACUUUGGCAGAAAGAGGCUGCUUUGCGGGGGCUAUGGGAUAACGGCUUUAAUACUGGCUGGCCUCACAGUAACUCUCGCCCUGCAGGACUGGUUCUUCUGGAUGCCAUAUUGCAGCCUCUGUCUUAUUUUGUUGUAUGUGAUCUUCUUUGGAAUUGGGCCAGCUGGGGCCACAAUAUCCAUUAGGGUUGAAAUCUUUGACCAAUCAUCCAGACCAUCUGCCUUUGUGAUUGGUGCGGCCCUCAGCUGGGUUGGAAUCUUUGUGAUUUGGAUGAUUUUCCCAUUCAUUGUGGAGAGUCUUGGUCAGUUCUUCUUCCUCAUCUUUAUGGGGGUUCUUGUCACUUCCGGGAUCUUUAUCUACCUGUUGCUUCCAGAAACAAAAGGAAAGUCUAUCACUGAAAUCCAAGAGGAAUUCAAUAAGUUAAAUUUUAGGAAGAAAUAUGCCCCAGCCAUGGAGAAGAACAUCAGUGAAGAUUAUACUUUCUGCACUCAGCUCUGAUUGGCCAUCAAAGGGAGUCAGCAAAAGGAAGAAAGAAGAGACACUAGUGACCUUCAGACUGGAAAAUAAAGCCACCCUAGACAGUCAGCUUUA